AUGAUUUCCACAAGGGUGAUGGACAUCAAGCUUCGGGAAGCUGCUGAAGGCCUUGGGGAGGAUGGCACAGGAAAGAAGAAAUCCAAAUUUAAAACAUUUAAGAAGCUGUUUGGGAAGAAGAAGAGAAAGGAAUCGCCCUCAUCCACGGGAAACAGCACCUGGAAGCAGAGUCAGGCCAAGAGCGAGGUCAUUGCCAUCGAGUCGGGGCCAGUGGGCUAUGACUCCGAAGAUGAGCUGGAGGAGUCCAGGAGCACCUUGGGCAACCGUGCCCUCUCACACGAUAGUAUUUUCUUUCCUGAGUCCGGACAGGACCCUGCUAGGCCUGUGCGGGUGUUUUCCCAAGAAAAUGUGUGUGACCGGAUCAAGGCUCUGCAGAUGAAGAUACAAUGUAAUGUGAAAAUGGGACCACCGCCUCCAGGAGGCAUUUCUACCAAGAGGGCAGAGGAGACUGGUAUGAGCUCGGAGGAUGACGGGCUGCCCCGGAGCCCCCCAGAGAUGUCCCUGCUGCAUGACGUGGGUCCAGGCACGACUAUAAAGAUCUUAGUGUCCUCAUCGCGGCCACCGUCUCCUGACCACAUGAGUGAUGCCACUGUCUCCUCUCGGACAUUGGAUGGCAGCCUGGCACCUGUGGCUGACUUCAGCCAACCUCCAGAAUUCUCUUCCUGCCUGGACAACUCUGCAGCUAAACACAAGCUCCUGGUUAAGCCCAGAAACCAGCGAUCAAGUAAAAUGAGGCGCCUGUCUUCGAGGGCACAAUCUGAGUCCCUGAGUGAUCUGUCAUGGACCCUGGAGGAGGAAGGAUACGAAGCGAAACAUUUAUUCCAGUUCAGCAUAGACGAGAACUCCAGUUUUGGACAGCGGGAUUUGAUGCUGGGUAGAAGGCCUGAGCUUGGGGGACCUGCAACCUUACUGCUACCUGGAGGGGCCUGUGCCAGGCGUGCACGCCUACAGCACAGCACAGCUGUCAGUGCCAGCAUGGAAGAGGGAGAUGAACCCUCAAGCCACCGGGCAAUGCCAGAGGCUGCUGAACCCAUGGCAGUAUCAGAGAUGGAGACCCCAUCUCUGCCAGAAGGUUCUCCGUACCACGUUCCCCACAGGGAAAUCCAGAAGGAAGAGCUGUCCUCUGGAGGCCUGUGUCCCCUAGUGGAGAGCACAUCUGAGGAGGUUGUUUGUGGUUCUGGAGAUGUGGAAACUCCACUAUCCGAUGUCCCUGAGGGUGGCAUGACACCUUCCAAGGAGGACUCCACGCUUCACGAGGGAGACACAACAUUUCCUGCAGGAGACACAACACUUCGUGAAGGGGAGACCAUACCUUCCAAAGAGGGCAUAACACCUCCUGAAGGAGAUAUACUUCUCAGGGAGGCCAUGGCACCUCCUGAGAGAGACAUGUCACCUUCCAAGGGUGACAUUGCACCUCCCAAGAGUAUCAUGGUACCUCCUGAGAGAGACAUGUCACCUCCAGAGACAGACUUGUCACCUUCCAAGGGAGCUGUGGCACCUCCAAAGAGGAUCAUGGAACCUCCAGAGAGAGACAUGUCACCUUCCAAGGGAGACAUUGCAUGUCCCAAGAGUUUCAUGGCACCUCCAGAGAGAGACCUAGCACCUCCAGUUAGAGACAUGUCACCUUCCAAGGGAAAUGUGGCACCUCCUGAGAGAGACAUGUCACCUCCAGAGACAGACUUGUCACCUUCCAAGGGAAAUGUGGCACCUCCUGAGAGAGACAUGUCACCUCCAGAGACAGACUUGUCACCUUCCAAGGGAAAUGUGGCACCUCCUGAGAGAGACAUGUCACCUCCAGAGACAGACUUGUCACCUUCCAAGGGAAAUGUGGCACCUCCUGAGAGAGACAUGUCACCUCCAGAGACAGACUUGUCACCUUCCAAGGGAAAUGUGGCACCUCCCAAGAGGAUUGUGGCACCUCCAGAGAGAGACAUGUCACCUUCCAAGGGAGACAUAGCACCCACUAAAGGGAUCAUGGAACUUCCCAGUAGGGACACAAUACUUCCAAAGGCACCACCUCCUGAGACUGUCACUGACACCAACUUGGAGACACCUUCAGAUACAGAGAGACAGGACCAAAGUGUCCAGAAGGAGGAGGAGCUGCCCCUGGUGGUACCAAGGCCUGAGGGAGCAGGGACAGAGUCCUCCACAGCCCCUUCCCGGAGUCCUCCAGUACCCAAGAGCUGCCUGAAGCACAAGGCCUUGGCCUCAGGUGGGUCCCCUGUGGAGCCUCCUCUUAAAGAGCCCAGCCCAGGAGUCCAGGACAGAGCAGUUGUACCCCCAGCCCGCACCAGGCCUGCACAGGCUGCGACAUCAGGGGCUCCAGAGAAGGCAGCCCUGGGGAAGAAGACUGAGCGGAAUACUGAGCCACAGCGCAGUGUUAAGAGGUUCUCCGUGACCUCGAGCAGAGCACGUGCCCGUGCCAGCAGCUCUCGCCUUCUGGAACAUUCUGGGCACGUGCCUGCAGGGGGGCGAGCACCCUUGCUACGGAGUGGCCUUGCCUGGAAGAGUGAGGCAGCUCUUGAUGACCUCCAGGUGCUACCAGAGCCCCAAGACAAGAAGGCAGUGGGUGGUGACCCUCAAGACUCAGGAGACAUGGGGGCUGGCCGGGCAGGACCGGGCAGGAGCCUCCAGGAUGCUGAUCCGUGUGCUUCCAGUGUGAAAGAACCAGCCCUUGGGGGGGACCAGAGCCCCUUCCCAGUCAAACUACGGUCCACCUCGCUCUCCCUCAAGUACAGAGACGGCUCUGCCCAGGAGGCCAAAGCCAUCAAGAGGUACAGUGCUGAAGUCAGGUUGGAGAGAGGAGGCCUGACUGUACUCCCCAAGGAUGAACAGAGCCAUGCCGGGGUUGCCCCUGCACUGCGAAGUUCCAGGUCCCCCAAUGGGCAAGGGAAAGGGAAGUCCAGGUCUCCUGAGCAACCCAGUACCAAGCCACCCCUGCCCAGGAAGCCACUCCUCCAGAGCCUCACCCUGCAGUACCCACCGGCAGGCCUGGAUGCCAGCCCCGGGGAGUCUGAGAGACUUAUACCAGUCAUCCUGCCUCCCGAGCCCAGGAAGGAGAAGUCACCCCACCAGGGAGCUGAAAAGGGUCAGCCUCCUGCUGCUACAGGUCCUGGGGCUGAUGGGCAACCCACCCCACCCUGGAUCACCAUGGCCCGGCAGAAGCGAAGAGGGGCCCCAGACCUUCCUGUCAACCAGGAAGACAAGCCUGGGCCACGGAUCCUGAAGACAGAAACUGGAAAGCAAACCCAGGUGCUGAGAGAAAACACUGACUCUGUGAAGCAGGGUGACUUUGUCCGAAGCAAAUCUUUCCUGAUGACCCCUGUGAAGCCUGCUGUGACCCAGAGGCAGGGGUCAAAGCUGAGCCCCAAGGAGGGACUACAGAGAGGAAUCUCACUGUCCCAUCAGAACUUGGCUCAGGCUGCAGCGAUGACAGAGAAGGAGUUGCAUCAGCUGAAGAGAGCCAGCUAUGCAAGUACAGAUCAGCCAUCCUGGAUGGAGCUUGCCAGAAAGAAAUCUCAAGCUUGGAGCGACAUGCCCCAGAUCAUAAAAUAGAUCGGCAGCCUGCCGAUGAAGGAUGUCCACCGCAUUGACUGGCUACUUAGUUUAAACUGCCAAUAAAUCAUGGCAAACAGACUGUGAAACUUAAGAUUGAUUUUUGUCAACGAAUGAUGAUGUGUUCGGGGAAGAGAGAGGAACCAGGCAGAACAAAGAAGACGAGGCAGCCUCAGUCCUGGGACAGAGGGGUUGCAGUAAGAGGAACCCUGUAAAAGCUCCUUCCUGUGCUGAGGUAUCAAUGUGACCCUUCAGAAUCCCCCUUCCAGCAAGUGGAAAUGAGGAGUGCACAUGCUGGGUGUCCUUUAAGAACAGAACCAGAACUUCUUAGGAGUCCCAGGUCUGCUUUGUCACUUGUCAUCAGCCAGUGCCUCUGGCCACUGUCUUGCGUGGACCAUUGUCAUCUUUUGUGUUUACUAAUAGGCAUGAUGUUUAUGGUAAAGCAGGGAUGCCAUUUACAAGAGCAGCUACAUAACAAAACAGUUUCCUGAAGAUAUCCACCCUUGAGAAGGGGAGGAUGGCACGUGGCAGGGUUUGUCAAUUCAUAGACUGAUUCCAAAAAUAAUUUUUAAACUUUUCCACUAGGCAUCUGUGUCCUGAACCAUUGCACAAUGCAUUGCCUGU